GACACUGCUCCUGCCUUGCAUGCCCAGCUAUCCUGCACUGCAGCACAAACUAGGUCUCCUCCCUUUCUACAUUCUCCCACCUCUAAUACCUUGAAACCCCCCUCUACCACCACCCAGGGGAAGAGACGCUCUGCCCAACUUUCUGCCUGUGCCAGCCCCAUUGGGUUCUCCCUCUGAAAAAAAGGAAAGAAAUAAAAAUUUCUCCCAGCUUGUCUGCUACGGGAAGAUGCGGUACAUGCGGGAUCUGCAGGAGCUGGCAGCCUGAGGAGCUCAUGAAGAGGGAUCCUGUGAGUUGUGUGACUGGAGCUUCACAGAGCAUGAAGUCAGCGGGAUGUUAGAGUCAGUAUCACAGAGGUAAUCCCAGGGAACUGGGAGGGGCAAGGAAGAUGCCGCUUGUUCAGUAUUAACAGGAUGAAAGGUUACCAUGGGGAAGUCAGCCAAUUACAGCCUCCAUGUCAUUGUAUCCCCGAAAGAGCAUUGGAUUACCCUCAUCACGGUCCAGACUUCCGCAAGUCCUAUCCCCGCAGCGCCUCUGAGUCUUGUUCCUUUGAUCUGCACUAUUGUCCUUCUAGGAGUGGUGGCGUGAUACCAGAUUGCCCUGGUGGUUCUUUGAGCAUGCCAGAGCCCCGGUCAUCCAGUGGUGGCACUUACCCCAGAAUGCACCACAACCCCCAGCAGUUUGACUGUGAUGAAUGUAUGGCCAUUGCUCACAACUCCAGCAAGAUAAACCGCCUGCCACCAACUCUGUUGGACCAGUUUGAGAAACAGCUGCCCCUGCACCAUGAUGGUUUCCACACCUUGCAGUACCAACGAACCAGCACCACAGAACAGCGCAGUGAGAGCCCAAGUCGCAUUCGCCACCUCGUGCACUCAGUACAAAAGCUGUUUGCCAAAUCCCACUCCCUGGAGACACCCUCUAAGAGGGAAUACAAUGGCACCAGAUAUGAGGGACGUGGGGGAGAAGGCUACCAGCACUCCCAGUCUCGGCAUGUUAAGAGGAGUAAAAGUAAAGACCGCAAGUCGGAACCUAAGCACCGAUCAAAGAUGGCAGGGUGGUGGAGCUCUGAUGACAAUCUUGACAGUGACAGCAGUUUUCUGGUGUCGGCCCGUCAUGCCAUGGAGCACGGAGCUCCCUUUGGAGUGGACACCCCUGAAAGUGCCUUCAGAGACUUAACCUUGAAGAGUCUAAAGGGUGGAGGUGGAGAGGGAAAAUGCCUGGCUUGUGCUGGAAUGUCUAUGUCUCUGGAUGGGCAGACACUUAAAAGAAGCACGUGGCACACAAUGACUGUCAGUCAGGCACGGGAGGCCUAUCCAACCUCAGGCAGCCACCACCAGGACAAGAUGCUGAUGCUUCAAGAUGCCAAGGGAAAGGAGCGAGGUUACCAUUACUUACAGGUACCUUCAGAUGAGUGGGGGGGAUAUCCGGCACCAGGAAAAGAAGGAGAAAUACCUUGCCGAAGGAUGAGAAGCGGCAGCUAUAUUAAAGCCAUGGGGGAUGAUGACAGUGGAGACUCUGACACCAGCAUCAAAAUGUCACCCAAAGGUCCCACCCGGCGGGAAAGAUAUCGCAGGUCUUCAAGUGUUGACCAUCCCAGAACCAAGUUUCCAUGUAAGCGAUAUUCUGACUCAUGUCUCUGUAACUGUCCCAGCUGCUGCACUCCACCUAAAAUUCAUCCCAAGGGACGCGGCUAUAGCCUCUCCAUCACGGGUCAUAAUAAGGGUGAGCUAAACCACCAGCCAGGGGCUACAUGUGAAUCGCUGUUCAGUGAGAUGGAAUCUCAUGCUGUUGAAGCCUUGGAUCUGCCUGGUUGUUUCCGAAUGCGCAGUCACAGCUACCUCCGUGCCAUCCAAGCUGGCUGCUCCCAGGAUGACGAUUGCAUCUCUGUCUUUUCCAUGUCCGGCCCUUCAGGACCAACCCUUGCCAGCAGUAUUCUCAAGCCCAACUCUUCUUUCAGUUACCGCAAAGCCCCACCACCCAUUCCGCCCAGGCUCCUCUCCAAGCCUCUGAUCUCGGUGACAGCCCAAAGUAGCACAGAAUCUACCCAUGAAACCUUUCUGCACAAUGAGCCUACACGGUUGCCUUGGUCCAAAGAUGUCAAGGUCCACUGUAAUUCUAGUGAGAGUUUGGAGGGAACCAAGUCCAGAGGUCUGACCUUGGACCUGGCAACUGUCCAACACAGAGCUUCACCCAAACCUUCUACUGUGAUCAGCAAGGCCCUACCGCUGAGGGAAGAGCUAAAAGGUGGCACACGACAAAGAAAGUGGCGCCCAUCCAUUGGAGUACAGGUUGAGACCAUCUCAGACUCGGAUACAGAGGGAAAGAGCCGGAGAGAGUUUCACUCUAUUGGGGUCCAAGUAGAAGAUGACAGAAGGAGAGCAAGGUUUAAGCGUUCUAACAGUGUGACAGCUGGAGUGCAGGCUGACCUUGAGCUUGAAGGCUUCCCUGGAUUGACUGUUCCCACGGAAGACAAGGCCCUGCAGUUUGGUCGCUCCUUCCAACGCCACUCCUCUGAACCCUCAGACACCAGCCAGCAGUAUUCUGUGUAUAAGACAGUGCAUACACAGGGUCAGUGGGCAUACAGAGAGGACUAUCAAAUGCAAUAUGAUACUGCAGACGAGGCACGUCAGGAGUCCUGGUUGGAUAGAGGUGCUCGUAGCCUCCCAGACUCUGGAAGGGCAUCGCCUUGUCACAGGGAUGGAGAGUGGUUCAUCAAGAUGUUACAAGCAGAGGUGGAAAGAAUGGAAGGGUGGUGCCAGCAGAUGGAAAGAGAGGCAGAGGAAUAUGACUUACCAGAAGAAAUUCUGGAAAAGAUUCGUAGCGCAGUGGGCAGCUCCCAGCUCCUGAUGUCUCAAAAAGUUCAACAGUUUUUCCGACUUUGCCAGCAAAACAUGGACCCUUCCUCAUUUCCUUUGCCCACUUCUCAAGACCUGGCUGGUUUCUGGGAUCUUCUCCAACUUUCCUUUGAGGAUGUGGGUAUGAAGUUUGCAGAGUUGCAGCAACUGAAGGACAAUGGGUGGAAAUUAUUGGAAUGCAAGGAGGAGAAGAAGCUUCCUCCUCCUAUACCAAAGAAGCCGCUCCGUCAGAAGGUACAUCCUGUCAAAGACCGUUCUUUGGAUUCUGUUGACCGCCAGAGACAAGAGGCCAGGAAGAGGCUACUGGCAGCCAAGCGGGCUGCCUCAUACCGGCACAACUCUGCCACAGAGAGUGCUGACAGCAUAGAGAUUUACAUCCCUGAAGCCCAGACCCGACUGUGAAGAGGACAAUGUACACUAACCUUUUGUACGCGCUGUAUAUAAUAAUAUACAUAUAUACAUAGAGAAUAUUUAGAGAUUAUUCUAAAAAAAAAAAAAAAAAGAAAAAACACUGAAAAAAUGACCACAGCUGUGUAAUCCUGGGGAGGCCCUUCUGAUCCAAGCCAAACUACCCCUUCAUCAUAAAACCCUCCCCUUCAAAGGGCAGAGCUAGUUAACCAAUCAGUGCUGUCUCCAUUGGUGAGGCUGGGGAAAAUAGCUUAGAACUCCAGCCUCACCUCACCCUCUAUCCUAAAACUCAUAUGUAGCUUGAAAAAUGGACAUGCUGCAUUGUGUAGCAGUACUGAGUAUGACCACAAGUAAACACUGUGUCAAAGUCUUUUUGUAGCUCCCUUUAGAGCUAAGUUUUAAUGCACCCUAAUAGGAGGCGUUCAAUGCCUAUAGGCCCUAAGAAACCAAACUAGAAGAGAUAUUUUGAAUAAUUUUUAUUUGUCUUGGAAAAUACUAUUUUUUAGAUAUAUGGAAAUACUCUGUAUUGACCUGCAAUGCAGUGUGUUCUAUUUGUGCUAGGUAGUGUUUAAUUGCUCUGUGUGCUAUGUAGUAGUCCAUGCAUGUUUGGGAAUACAGGUAUCUCACUACAGUGGGGAAAGCAUAUACACGGGUAGGACAUAAAGGCAAGUUUUAAUAAGGAUUAUCAUUUUAUAAUUUCUUAGUUAUAAAUCUGAGGACUAACAUUCAAUUUACUGUAAGGGUGUACCAACUAUAACUUGUUACCAUAUCAGUUUCAGGAAGCUAUCCUUUUGCUUUUAAAAUUAGUUACUGCAGAUUUGCAAAGUUUUCUGCGGAGAUUAGUUAAACUUUAAAUAUGUUUAUUAUAUAUAGAUAUAUAAAGUAUUUUUAGCACAGACAUUUUUUUCCCUUGGGAUGGAUUAGUAUAGAAGUUAGAGUGCUAGUUUCCAGAGUCAUGCUCACAACAUUAUGACCUUCUAUACAUGAUCUUUACAGUGGACUUGUUAUGACCAUGCAUACAGUAUUAUAGAAUGAGGACUAUCCAGACAUGUAAGAGAAGGGCUACAAUUCCAUUGGAAAUCAAAUUGGCCCCACAAAAUACGAGACAGGUGUGAGAAAUAAAGCAGGAUAAAUUCUUACUUUUUGAUGAUAUAUUUUUAACACCCCCAUUUAAUAUAUAUGUUAACAUAUCCACCAUUAAGAAAAAUAGGUAUGGGAAAACUUCAUUUAGAAUACAGAUAAUAUACGCUGUAGUUGUCUACAUUAUGGCUGAAAUUGUGGGAGUGUGUCUGGAAAUGCUGUAUUGUUGUAUUUGGUACUACAGUAUGAAUCAAAUAUUCUGUAAAAAGGUUUCCCUAGCCCGAUAUUACUUAUGAAACUGGGAAUUCCAAGGCUGAACAUGAUGUAGGCCUGCAUUCUCUGGAUGUAAUAGGGCAUCAUAGCAUGCUUGCCUACAUUUUUGGACCUCUGAGAGGAGGUGCAGUGGACAAGUUUGGGCGGGUGCCACAAUAGAUUUAGUGUCAUAAUAGCCCAGCCUUCAUCUGCACAAUGAUGCAAUUUAUGUAAUCGUGCAGUAUAUGUCAUCAGGCCCCGCCCCACUGAUGCACAAUGACGCAAGUUGCAUGCGCUCUUGCACCAGAGGUGGGAGUCAGUAAGUAGGGUCCUACGACCUAGCCCAUCAUUGUGCAGUUUGGGACAUGGCAGUUAUGGCGCAUUGUAGUGAUUCAUUCUUCUAUACUGUGAAGAUGAAAGUGUAAAAGCCCAUGAAAGGAUGUCCAUGUGAACUUAGAUAAGUAGAUUGUGCAGUCUAUAAUAAUUAAUAAAGGAUUAAGCAUUAUUAUGGGGGAGGGGAUGUUUUAGACUGGGUAGAACGUGAGGGGUGAUUAUUGUCCAAGGGUUGAGAAACACUUUAAAUUAAUAAUUGUCUACUCUUCAUACAGAUCCUGGCCUUUUACCUGUGACAGUUCCCACUUAUUUUACAAUUGCAGUAACCUUGGUCUCCAUUAACUAAUUGCUGAGAUACCAGUAAAUUCAUAAAACACAUAUAAGUGGAGUAAGAAUGGAAGUUGCUUUGCAGACAAUAUGGGUCAUGUUGGAGAAUCUGCAUAUGUUAUAGUGCUCAACAGUCCUAAUUUGAGAGGACUGUUUUUCAUCCAGAUUAUCCAGAUUUAGUUUGUAUUUGGGUGGGGCUGGGAUGUAUCCAAUGUUUGAUAUCCAUUCAGUGGUGCACAUACCAGAGCAGCAUUAAUGAAAUGUUUUCCCAGCAGGAAGAGUGAAGCACUAAGCAUGUUUAUCAGGCGCUCUCUCAACAGGAUGUGGCCAAUGCUCCCUUUUAGCUGUGUCCCAAUUCAGAAUUUCACAAUGGCAAAUACCACUAAGUGUGCAUGAACAA